AUGUUUGCACUUUUCCAUGCCAAAAAAAGCCUCCCUUCUCCAGUGUUUUUCAAUUGUCCUACUGAUGUGGGCUUUGAAACCUCUUCGCCAAAUGCAUGUGUUUAUUGUGGCUUAUGCUUUAAUAGCUCUUAUGAAAAAGGGCUGCAUUUAAAUCCUCCCACAGGAACUCAAGCUUACCAUAUAAGUUCCAGCCAAGACCUACCUAGAGAUAACUCCUUCACCAAAACGCUCUCAGAUUCAAUAGAAGCAAUUCCUUCAGAAAACAAUUCGAAUUUGGCAACAGGCCAAUACUUCUGUAAAGUCUGCAACAGAGCCUUUGAAACCUUUAAAGGCUACAAGCAGCACCAAGGGAAGAUGCAUAGAACAAAAAGAAGAAAUUUUAAAUGCUUGAAAUGCAGCCGAAAAUUUGUCAGUAAGUACGCAUUGAAGUUUCAUAAGAUCCAAGUCCACGAAAAAGCGUUCAAAGUGGAAUGCGAACACUGCAGCAAAGUUUUAUACAACAAAUAUCAUUAUCAGGUGCACCUUAAGUCUUGCUUUUAA